CAGAGAGUAGAAGAGAAUGGCCAGAACCAAGCAGACAGCGCGCAAAUCCACCGGAGGGAAAGCUCCCCGCAAGCAGCUGGCGACCAAAGCGGCCCGCAAGAGCGCUCCGGCCACGGGCGGAGUGAAGAAGCCUCAUCGCUACAGGCCCGGCACGGUGGCUCUGCGGGAGAUCCGCCGCUACCAGAAAUCCACCGAGCUGCUGAUCCGCAAACUGCCCUUCCAGCGCCUGGUGCGAGAGAUCGCUCAGGACUUCAAGACCGACCUGCGCUUCCAGAGCUCGGCGGUGAUGGCCCUGCAGGAGGCCAGCGAGGCUUACCUGGUGGGGCUGUUUGAGGACACCAACCUGUGUGCCAUCCACGCCAAGCGGGUCACCAUCAUGCCCAAAGACAUCCAGCUGGCCCGCCGGAUCCGCGGGGAGCGCGCCUAAACGGAGCCUGGCCGGCCCUGCACAUUCACCCCGAGAGAGAGAGAGAAACACAACGGCUCUUUUCAGAGCCACUAAACCAUCGAGAGAGAGCGGGAAACGAUGUGGUACAUUAAUAUUGUAAUUGUAAAACUGUGAAGUAAAUAGGGAUUGAGUAAAGUAUUGAUUUGGAGUCAGUCAGCGCCAAUUAAAAUACAGCGGCCGAAGUCUUCGGUGAUGGCAGAAUUUAUUAUAGUAUGGUAUUAGAGAUUUGUAAUUUUACUAGACAAUUAAGAAUUCCCCCAACAAAAGCCCUCUCUCCUCACUGUUUAUCGCGGUGUUAACAUGUGUUCUCCUUGUGGAGAAGUGCGCGGGAGAAGAUUUGGCGCCGAGAGAUCAAACGUUUUUAUUUCGAAUUGAAAAUCCCGCCAAAAUGCCAGAGGAGAAUGCGUGAAUUC